GCAAAAAAGGUGGUUGCGCUCUGUCAAGCGUAUCAGCUGGUUACGAUCGUUCGCUACGUGUAUGGGACUGCAGAUCUCACAGUGUUGAGUCGAUCAUUGAUACGUUUUCGGUUACAGUGAUGUCAGUUGUUUUAACAAAGAGUGAGAUUAUUGGUGGCAGUGUCGAUGGAACUGUCCGAACCUUUGACUUGCGUCUCGGUAGGGAGAUGUCAGAUAAUUUAGGACAACUGGUUAAUUUCAUAUCGAUAUCAAACGAUGGAAACUGCGUUUUAGCUGGUUGCUUGGACUCUACUCUGCGUCUACUUGACCGAACCACAGGAUCCUACUCCAAGACUAUAAAGGUCAUAUUUCUAAGAUUUGUGAUGAUUGAUUUGGUUUUUGCUCAGGUGGUCUGGAUCACAGGGGCUAACCAAGGGAUUGGGGAAGCUCUUGCUAAACAGUUUGCAAGUUUAGUUGCCAAGCUUAUUCUUUCUGAUAGGAAUGAAGCUGAGCUGGUUCGGCUUAAAUAUGCACCAGAACAUGUCAGGGUUUUUCGUUUUGCUUUAGCAAGCACUAGCAUCAAAGUGUGGCUCAGAGAUGUUGUAGCGGCAGUAGUGACUCAUUUCCGUGGGGGUGGUGUUGACUAUUUGAUCCACAACGCUGCCUAUGAGCUUCCGAAAUCAAACGCAAUGGAUGCGAGUGAGGAAAAUCUUAAGGUUACAAGCGUGAGUUAUCACCCCAAGGAGGAUUGCAUGUUGACUUCUUCAGUGGAUGGUACAGUUUGUGUCUCGAAAAUAUAA